CUAUAGAAGUUUCUUGGAGAGGGGAGGAGGGCGCUUUCAGGGAGGUUUCCACCUUGGGAGCUUUUAGAGGAAGUCCUCUUUCAAUUCUCUUGUCCUGUUCCUCUGCCCUUCUUACUGCGCUUCACAGAAAAUCUUCCCACAUGCGGAAAAGGUGGGCUUGUGCAGCUAAUGGAAAGAGCCUUUUACUUGAGAUUGAGGAGAACCGAGUUCCAAUCCUGACUGCCAUUAAAUUUCUAGGUGACCAGUCAGGUAAUUCUCCUUUCUAGGCUUCAGUUUCCUCACCCAGCAAAUGGGUACAGACCCUGAAAUGUCUCCCUCUUCCUUUUCCUCCCCCUACCUCGUACCUUAAGUCCACCCCCCUACCCCCCACCCCCAGCGCGUUUCUGUUUCCUACCAGGCCGCUAUUUUGUGCAGAUGGAAACGUGUUUGUUUCCAGUUCCCCUAGCUGCUACGAACCUUCCCGGCCCCCAGAGCUCUGCUUCCCUCCUGUGACAGCUCUCUGCUCUCCUAGCCCCUAUUUUCUGCGACCAUCCCCUUCCGCCCUAGGCCCCUCUGUCUAUGCUAGCGCUUCCCCGUCUUCACUCUCUUUCCGUAGACCCCUUCUCGUUCUAGCCCACUCCUCCAGGCCGGGUCCUAACCCUUCCCCGGAGACACUGCGGCCCCACUCCCCCGAUCUCCUCCCGAGGACCCGCCUUGGGGGAGGAGCCGAGGAGGCGGGAGCUGAGGCUCAGUCUCCCGAGCCGGCUUCUGAGGGCGGCAGCAGUAGCAGCCACCGCCACCGCCGCGGUGGGAAGAGGGACCCACAGGCACGGAGGGCCAAGGGGCCGCCCCGGGGGCCGGACGGAUCCUGGACCGGUUGCAGCCGCUGCCGCCCCGAUCCGGGCUCCUGAACGUGGGCUCCCACCAUGUUACAGAGGACCAGCAGGAGGAUCCUUUCUCCCCAAGCUCGUGGGAUACCACCAUGUUAGCCCUGCAGAGCCCAGGGGCCACAGAGCUCUGUUCGGUAGGGGGAGACAUGAUGGCUAAUCACGUAGACCUCUUGACUGAGCUUCAACUGCUGGAGAAGGUACCCACCUUGGAGAGGCUGAGGGCAGCCCAGAAACGCCGAGCCCAGCAGCUGAAGAAAUGGGCCCAGUAUGAGAAAGAGCUGCAGCAUCGCAAACGGAAACACGAGAAGAAGAGGAGUGCUACCAGUCGUAAGAAAGUGUCCUUCGAGGCCAGUGUGGCAUUACUUGAAGCUUCUUUAAGGAAUGAUGCUGAGGAAGUGCGCUACUUUCUGAAGAGCAAGAUAAGUCCUGACCUAUGCAACGAGGAUGGACUCACUGCACUGCAUCAGUGCUGCAUAGACAACUUUGAGGAGAUAGUCAAGCUUCUGCUGAGCCAUGGGGCCAAUGUGAAUUCCAAGGACAACGAGCUGUGGACCCCCCUGCAUGCUGCUGCCACCUGUGGCCACAUCAACCUGGUCAAAAUCCUCAUUCAGUAUGGCGCAGAUUUGCUUGCAGUCAACUCAGAUGGAAACAUGCCCUAUGACCUCUGUGAAGACGAACCAACCCUUGAUGUGAUUGAGACUUGCAUGGCAUAUCAGGGCAUCACUCAAGAGAAAAUCAAUGAGAUGCGGGCAGCUCCUGAACAACAAAUGAUCACUGACAUCCACUGUAUGAUUGCGGCAGGUCAGGACCUGGACUGGACUGAUGCUCAGGGAGCCACACUGCUGCACAUUGCUGGGGCCAAUGGAUUCCUUCAUGCAGCAGAGCUCCUUCUUGACCAAGGAGUACGAGUGGACGUCAAGGACUGGGAUGGCUGGGAGCCUCUCCAUGCUGCUGCUUUCUGGGGCCAGAUGCAGAUGGCAGAGCUGUUGGUGUCUCAUGGAGCCAGUCUCAGUGCUCGGACAUCCAUGGAUGAGAUGCCAAUAGACCUCUGUGAGGAAGAGGAGUUCAAGGUGUUGCUGCUGGAGCUGAAGCACAAGCACGACGUGAUCAUGAAGUCUCAGCUGAGGCACAAGUCCUCCCUGAGUCGGCGAACGUCCAGUGCAGGGAGUCGAGGGAAGGUGGUAAGACGGGCGAGCCUCUCGGAUAGGACCAACUUGUACCGGAAGGAGUAUGAGGAAGAGGCCAUUGUGUGGCAGCAGAGGGCCUCCGCUGCUGAGGAGCAGAGAAACUCCAUCUACAGCGGGGAUGUCAGAGAGACCCGUUCGGAUCAAGAGAACAAGGACCCGAACACCAUGCUGGAAAAGCCACUGCUUCUUUCUGAAUUUAUGACCAAAAGCACACUGGGGAACACAGACCUGCCCAUGCAGAAUGGCCUCCGGGGUCCAGUCAGCCCUUACCCAUACUCUUUGUCUAAUGGGGACAUGCCCAUCCAGAAUGGACUCCGGGCUCCGGCCACCACCCACCAAUACUCUCUAGCCAAUGGCGACAUCUGGAAGGUGCACGAGGUCCCAGACUACAGCCUGAGUGCAUCUCUGCCCUAUGGCAGCCCUGGCCUCCGGGACAUGCCGCAGCCCUGGAAUGUAUACAAAGAAUCCAGCCACCAGACGCUGUCAGAGCUGAAGCGGCAGAGGGCAGCGGCCAAGCUCCUCAGCCACCCCUUUCUGAACCCCCACCUAGGUGGUGGGGUGGCAGGGGUGGGGGAGGGCAGCAGUGAGAGCAAGACCCCCCUGAUCGGAACAAGAACUUCUCCUUACAGUGCCAAUGGGACUUCUGUAUAUUACACGGUGGCCAGUGGGGACCCCCCUCUCCUAAAGUUCAAGGCUCCAAUGGAGGAGAUGGAGGAGAAAGUCCGGGGCUGUUGCCGGAUUUCUUAGUCCUGCUGCAGCCGUGCCCCUGGACCCAGGAGGGAGAAGGACCUGGUCAUGGUCAAGGCACUGGGCAUUCCUGAGCCUGACCUGGGAUGAGUACCCAAGGGGCAGCCACGUGGGAUGGAAAGCAGAUAGAACGAGGUGGAUUCUCCUUUUCCUGAGAGGAAGAUUUUUCCACAGUUGUCCUCAAUCCUGGUCACUCUGAACUGCCCACCCCUGAGGGCUUACCUUGGACUGACUGCCCUUAUCACCAUUCUGCAAUGAAGAGUCCCAGUUAUUAGCCUCAGAUGAGUGACUGCCAGAUGUCUGACAUGUGGCAUGAGGAAUCCUGUGGAGCACCUGCCUGUCCUAGUGUCGGAACGCCUACACAUCUCACUCGUGCAUACACACACACACAUGCACAAACCAUUUGUGCUCCCCUUUGUGCCAAAGACCAAGGUGGGUGGCUGUAAACAGGAAGGAGCAUGUCCAGCUGGGCCCUGGGAAUGUAGCUGCUCACUUUCAUCUGUGAGUAACCGGUGCUGCCCCGGGAUGCGAGCGGGACAGCCACAGAUGGUUCAAGGUGGGAGCUGCUUUCCAAACCGCAGCUCGAGACGUGGCAGGAGAGAGGUCCAACUCCAGACGGAGGCAAGGCCCUACCUAUGGAUGAGUCCACGGUUACGUUCAGCGGCGGUGACUGAGGGUGUUCGUGUCUCGUGGGGUGUCCCUAGGAAUACCCCUUAAUAAAAUCAAAGCAACCACCCUGAGCCAUCUUGGAAGUUGAGGACUAAUAGCCACCUAAUCCAGCACCACGCCCACAGUAGAUGCUUGGUGUUUGUUGAGCGACUAGAUGAAUGGCCAGGUUUCAUAACCAUGGUCAGGGUCUGCUGGCAGUAGGGGCUCUUUUCUGUGUAUUGUUCCAAGGCAGGUAAAAAUCCAUGAGGGUGAGAUAACAGAAACUGCCCAGAGAAGGUCCCCUGUUAAUUCCAUUAAGACUGGUACUGGCCCCCUGAGAGUCUAAUGUCAGAGAUACUAAACUAGGUUGUUCCAAUCUCAUUAGGUCUUUUAAACUUCCCAUUGAAUUUUGCUAGUUAGAGCUACAAAGUCAACAUUUUAAAAGAAAGAAAAUCUUUGGAGACUAUUAAAAACCGAGGGGAAAUUAUAUUUGUCUCCAGUCAGGGACAGCUCAUAUUGCUCCUGUCUGCCAAGGGCUGGGUACGGUAUUAGAAAAAGGCACAGUUGUGUAAGGUUUUGCAUUUGGGAUUUGUAUUUGGAGGACCUUGAAUCUUGGCUCUAUUACCCGUGUAACCGUAGACAAGUUGGUGAAAUUCUCUGGACUUGUUUCCUCAUCUAUAAAAUGAAUGGGAUAAACUAGACAAUCUCCAAGAUUCCUUCCAGCUCUUGAUACUUGGAUCUCAGGAAACUCGGGGACCAAUUUUUGGUUACUGAGUUCUCUGCCUCACCACACUCCGGCCUAGGGAAAUAGGAGCUUAUGUUGCCAAUUUAUUUUUAAAAAAUCACUGUAGGAGUGAGAUUCAGUUUAAAGCACCCAACUAACCCCUUUAGUUUUUUAAAAGGACAAAUAUUGAUGUCCCCAGCCCUUCGGGUGCUGGUAACAAAAAUGGGGUCCCUGGUUGGGGUAAAUGGUCAAUACAAGACUCUGAAAUGCUUUACUUUGGGGCCCAUGCAUUCUGGGGACAGAGCUUCCUUCCUAGGGAACCAUAAGCAUGGGAUAUGGAGGGUGUUGGGGAGACACAGACACUCACUGUUCUGCACGGAUGGAGUCUCUGGCAGGACUGAUGGUAUUCAUCCCAGUAGAAAAGUGUUUGGCUCUCAUUGAAGGUGGCAGGAGGUGGGUAGGAGGCAAGUGUGGUGCAUAUGACUGACAAGGCCAUUUAUUCAGUGGCUCUUCAGGAAGUACAGCAUGCAGGAAGGCAACAAGGGACUUACCUAGUUGCAGAGCUGGAGUUGCUAGGUUGCCUGUGUCCCAAAGGAAUCUGGGCUUCAAAAAUGGAGGGAAAUCACCCCAACAUCAUUUCCACAAUCCAUCCAGUCCAUACUUCUUUCUCUUGAUUAUUCUCCCUGAUGUGAGGGUCAGCUAUGCCUCUGUUUGUAUAGGCAAUCUCAGUCAACCCUUGGGGGUUAGGAGACAAGGACUUUUACAAGGUUCCUUUCUACUCUGUAAGCAGGAAAGACUUAUUUAUCCUAAAACUACCUCUUUUUAGCUCUGUGGAGGUGUCCAAGUCCUAGUUUCCAGGGUUUGAGGAACAAGUACCUUUAUCCCUUUAUAGCUUCCCCUUUCCAUAAGUGAGAGUGAUAUAAAGGUGGAAUGUGGUAGGGUUCCCAUUACUAGAGGUGUUCAAACAGGGGACACAGAACAACUUGUUGGAGAUGUCGUAGAGUGGAUUCCUCAUUAGACUCAGGUUGGGCCUCAGGUCCUCUAAGAGUCCUUCCGGAUUUAAGAUACCAUCAUUUCCUGAGUCAGUGAACAAAUUUCUCUGCAAGCCAAUGCACUAGCGUUUUACUAAAGAUCAGUUCCAGGCCAUGGGGUAGUGGCAGUGCAGGGGCUGAGGCUAGUGGGCUAAGCUGUUUGGGUGUCUAACCCACAGACUAACAUCAAUAUGGCGAGUCUUCUGGAACAGAGGCCCGCCAGGCUGCCUAAAGAGGAGCUAACUGUUCCAGGUGAGGGAAAAAAAACCAAGCAGGUCAAAAUUUCAAGCUGAUUAGCCCUGCCAUCUGCAAUGAAUGGCUGCUUCACAUUCAGCCUGGCAAAGAUGGGGAGUCCUGUGCUCCGGGGAAAAAAAAGGAAGAGAAAGAAGCUGUUCCAGAGGUGUAUAAGCAUGUGUGCAAGUAUGCCAACACAUCCCUAUAUGCAGCCUGGACAUGAAACAGCGAGGCCCAGAGGCUUUGCAUUGUGUUUUCUGUGUUAACAGCCCUUAGCCAUCAUGAUUUAGCUGGCCCUUACAACCCAGACUACUCCAGAAGCCGAGACCGUGUCUUCAGGAACCUGAGGCAGAGACACAAAGGUGGAGGUAGAAGUCAGGGGCUGGCAAAAGCCUUUCAGCAAGUCAGAGCUGGAUAGGGAGAACUCGGGGUUUCUGACAACUUGCUACUCCAGGGAGGUGGGUAGCACCCUGACCCCAAAGAGACUAGCUUGGAGUGGGCAUCUCAAAGAAAGACGAGGCAGAGGCGAUAGCCACAGCUAUCCCACAAGUUGGGAUUCAUCAGUUUUACCUUUGUGGUUUGUGGUUUAGAACAGACGGGGCAGAGUGGCAUUAAUUUAAGUAUCCAGGUGGCCAGAGGAAAGGGAUUAACCCAAAAUCGAUGGCUUCAUGAUACUAUUCAUUGCAGACUAGUCUUGAAGAAUGGACAGAUGGCCUCGAUCCAGACUGACCUCCAUGCUGGGUGAGAAGGCGGCAAAAUGUAUAGUAGCAGAGAGACAGGAGUUAACCCUAUCUGACCUCUAUUUGUAGCUGCCAGGGAUGAUUUUAGUCCUGAAUGUGUAGGGUCUCUAAGGCAUAGCUAUCCUAUGUGUCCACUUCUAGACUCCCUGGUCUGAGACUAGUCCAGUGCCUCUCAUGUAAGAUGUCCCUGGGUGUGCAGUGGAGGCUCUCCAAGGGUCUCCUUGGCCCCCACUCUCCAGGGGGACUUGCAGAAGUGCCUGUCCUUUGAUAGGAAAGAGGCUAUGGCUGAAUCUUAAGUUGGGGAGCACAGGAAAGGUUCUGCCAGACUGUGGGGUGGAGAGAACAAUGACCUUACCUCCUACAUCUACUUCUGGGCAGCUAUUAUGGGCCCUUCUCCAGUGUGCCCUUGCCAUGGGACAACACUAAUUCCCUGAAGAGGAAGAGCUCUGAACCCUAUCCUUUCCAUCAGGGAUUAAGGACCUCCUUCUUUCAAGGGCAUUAGUAGAGGAAGUGUCCCUGUCCAGCUUCUGGUAUAAGUGUGUCAGGAAGGAGGGGGAUGUGAUGCUAGCAAAAAGCCAGGUGAGUCAAAGGACCCCCAAGCCUAGUUUUUUCUUGUGCCUAAUCAAUGCAAAGUAGAAACCCUUGAACACAAUGGAGCCACUCAGAGCCCUGUUGUCUCCCUGGAAGCUGGGCAAAUCAAUACCCAGAGCCUUUGCCUAUCGGGAGAUAGGAGCCCACAGAUGGGCUCUCUGAUGAACUUCCUGUUGUAGGGCAUACAACAAAGAACACUGCUGUGCUCAAAGAGAUACCAAGCCAUGGCUGCAGGUGGAUGAGGCUUGCCUAACUUUAAAUGUGGCCUUAUUGGGAACCACCCAAUGUGUCAUCAUUUCAGUUCUGCCCCAAUUGGGAAGCCUCACAGAUUUCUGCGCUCAUUGUAUUGCUGGACUCUUCCCAAAUGGAGGACUUCUUUAUGUCGUAGCCAACCAGAGCUGCAGCCCCAGACUCACAAAUGCCUCACCUGAGUCAAUUUGGCUUUCUCUCUCUCCAUUCUCCUUUUGUUUCUCACACGUUAGAAUCAAUGUUGAGCUAGUCAACUCAAGCUUGACAAGGAAAACCAUUGCUGCCUCCUAGAGUGGGUUCGGCAUGACAGUGUCUGGAUCAGAACAGUACCUAAGAGUUCAACGAUGGCAGCCAGCUCUGGAAGGAGAUUUCCAACUUGGAGUCACAGGACCUGAUUUCGAAUCCCAUCUCUGACAUUUACUACCUGUGUGGCCUUGGGCAAGUCACUUAACCUCUCUAGGCCUCAGUUCCCUCCUCUGUAACAUGAGGCCCUUGUCCCAGAUGACCUCAAAAGCCCCUUCUAGUUCUAAAAGUAUGAUCCUAAAUUCUUGCCUACACCGUCUCUUGCUCCUGUUAACACAGAGGAUCUUUGUUUAAUAUGACUUAGCAGGAGUUUGAACAAAGGUUUCUUCAUCUUUGCCAAGGAUGCAUCUCCUGUCAUCAGAGAAAUGACUCUGCCUCCUCUCCUGGAGUAAGGAAUGGGGGGAAGGAUGGAGAAGUUGGACAGUUUACCAGAUCCUUCCAAGUUACAGCACUGGCGCCAUUAUUUACUUUGAAUUGUGAAAUCGUGAGUUCUCCCAAUACCAGAAACACCCACAUCCAACCAUAGGUGCAAAAAGAAUACCCCAAAGCCAAAAGAGAUUUAUAGAUUAUCCAUGCUGAUAUAUAUAUGAGACAAGUUGUUUCUUAUUCUCAGUUAUCUGCUAUAAAACAUUUAUAAACCAUUUGUUUUAGAGCAGAUAACUGAGAAAUAGAAACAAUCUGCCUUUCUCUAACACCCCUUAACCCAUGACAGAUGAGCUCUCAUCUGGCCAGGAGCUAGACUGAGAGAGUUUGUCAAGGUCACAGUCACAGACUACCAGCCACUAAGGCCUUGGGUUUAGUGCUGGCAGUUAUGUGAACUGUUCAUGGAGUCCUAAGUCAACUACUAAGACCUUAGAACUUAAUACUAGAUUGUGAGCUCCAUGAGGGCAGGUACCUCAUCUUAUUUAUCUUUAUAUCUAUCUCCCCCAUGCAGUGCUGGGCACAGAGUAGACACUUAAUAAGCAUUUGUUAAAUUUGAAUUUUGUUUCACUAGAAGAAAAAAAUAGUAUUGCCAAUUGGUUGACCAAAAUCAAUGGUUUUAAGCCAUAAUUUUUUAAUGUGAACCUUUUUUUCUUUUUAGUUUGCUAUGUACAAAAUUAAACUAUAUAUAUCAUUUCCAGAUUUCCCCUCCUACUAGAUUUGUUGCAGAACAUGAUGGUAUUUUUCAGAAUCGUCCAAGGAAUAUUUAUACAAGGGCUACCCCUAUAAGAUACUAGAGGGGUAUCUUAUUUAAUUUUUCAUCAUCUAUAAUCAAGCCUAUUCCUCACUCCUUUGGCAUCCAGUAAACAUCUAAGUACAAGAAUGGAGCUACUACACAAGCAGUGAAAUUAGGCCUGAUGUAGAAACCACAGAAGCCUUUCUAACAGGAGUGUGAGUGCAGAAAUGGACUCCAGGAGUACAAUAUACCUAUUAUAGAGAGGCAUAUUGAGCAGUGUUUGGCAGGGUGUGGAUAUGAGCAUCCAGGUAGAGUUGGAAGAUACCUAGCCCCCUGCAAUAAAUAAUUCACCAGGCCUGAAGCCACUGAUGUAUAUAAAACACUUAACAAAAUGUAUUUUAUUUGAAAAAAUAAUUGUAUGAACACUGUAUAUUGCAUUAGCAACUUUGUGUAAAAAAAAUUGGUAAUCAACAGAGUAAUAUAUUUAAAACAUUUUUUAAAGACAACCACCAAUCUUUGAUAUUGUAUGAAGGUGGCUUAAUGUUAUACCUUGAAGUCUAACUGGUGGUUUCUCACUAUAUGGAGACAGUGUGUCUGGUCCCCAGGGCACUGUGCAUGUCAGAUGGGGACCUGUGACAAAAGCAGCUUCUAAAAGGCAGUGUCCUUCACAGGACAUGGAUUUUUUUAAUUAAAACUAUUAAAUUUCUUUUAAUAACA